GGUCUUUGGGCUCAAGCUUGGUCUUCCGAAAGCCACCAAGGCGUCGACGGAGUCUCCAGAGAAAUCUUCUUCCAAGGCCGAAAGCAGCGCCCGCAGCGGCUCUAAAGGAGGCGCAGGCGAAACUCGCGGAGGAGGUAAAGGUGCGCUCACCGUCAAUGAGUUUGUGGCCCGUACCAAGCGUUACCGCGAGCGGGGCUUGGAGCCGACGAAGCCGGAACUCAUCGCCUAUGCCAGGUACUUGGGGAUCGAUCCCAUCACGGAUGGCGAUCUCAUGUGGAUCGCGGAUGAGGCCUUAGCGGCUCCUCUCCCCUCUGAAUGGACGGAGCACCACGAUAGUGCGGAUCGAGUCUUCUAUUACAACGUGCAGACCCACGCAAGUUCUUGGACGCAUCCGUUGGAACAGCUUCAUAGGGAUACGUACAAAGCCAUCGUGCACUUCCGAUCUGGUGAUAUUUCCAAGGAGGAUCAGAUUGGAGAGAUCGACAGGUUGAAAAGGAAGUGUGACGAGGCAGAACGAGACUCCAUCAAGGAACUACAGGCGUGGUCUGAACACACCGACGAGGGAGGUCAACGGUUCUUUUACAAUCGCGACAAGCAAGUAAGCGUUUGGACGGAUCCCAGACCUGCUCGUUGCCAUUCCUUGU